AUGCGGGAGCUGGCCCCGACGCCCACUUUCAUAGCCGUGAUCAACACCAGUAUCACACGCGUCUCCAGCAACGCUUAUGAGUGGCGGUUCAUACUACCCCCGUACUUCCUCAUAUUCAUGCUGUCUGUAACUGGGAACUGCAUGGUAACCUUCCUUCCAGAUUGCAGAUGGCGCUGCCGUCACGUAAACAUGUCAGUGGAUGUAUGGACGCUGGUGGCGAUUUCCCUGGAGCGCUACUUCGCUAUCUGCCGACCUUUGAAGUCACGCAAGUGGCAGACGCAGUGCCACGCGUACAAGAUGAUCGCGAUGGUGUGGAUGCUGUCUGUGGCACUUAACUCUCCCAUAUUGAUCGUAUCUACGCUACAACCUAUGAAAGCAAACGGUGAGCGAUAG